UCCGUUAACGCAUCACCCGGUCAGCAGUACUAAACAUGAACGACAAUCAUCACCGCACAGCUGGGGUUUACACUGCAGUGGAGGCAAAGCCGGAGGAACCACCCGGGUGCUCCAAGUAUCAGCUGUUAGACCUGCCCUGGGAGGACGUCCUCGUGACAUAUGUACUAUGUUACUUGCCUUUACGACACCUGGUCAGCCUACAGCGAGUGAGCAAGACCUUCCGCUCUCUAAUUCAGGUUUAUCUGGCCAACUGCCGCUCGUUCGACCCUGCACAGACAGGUCCUCACAUUCCUAAGGAAGCUUUUUGUUCCAUGCUCUGCGAUAAUAAAGUUCUGCAUAGCCUCUCUGUACACGGCUGCUGUGACUGGAUCACUGAUGAUGAGCUACUUCCUGUGAUUGGUCAGAACCAGCAGCUGCAGCGUGUGGACCUACACGGUUGUGUUCACCUCACUCGGCACGCUCUGGUGGCUGUGGCUCUGGGCUGCCCCCGCCUGCAGCACCUGGGCCUGGCACACUGCGAGUGGGUGGAUAACCUGGCGCUGCGGAGCAUGGCAGAUCACUGCACCGAGCUGCGCACCCUGGACCUCACUGCCUGCAGGCAGCUGAGAGACGAGGCCUUGUGUUAUGGGGUGGCACGCUGGCCCAUGUUGCGCUCGCUCUCUGUGGCCAUCAAUGCCAACAUCACAGACACGACUGUGGAGGAGGUGGCCAAGCGCUGCAGGGAGCUCGAGCAUCUCGACCUGACCGGCUGUCUGAGGGUUCGCAACGAGGCCAUCCGGACCGUGGCUGAGUACUGCCCUAAACUGCAGUCUCUGAAGGUGAAUCACUGUCAUAACGUUAACGAGUCCAGUCUAGGUGUGCUACGAAGGCGGAAUGUAGAGAUCGACGUGGAACCUCCUCUCCAGAGGGCGUUGGUGCUGCUACAGAACGUGGUGGGCUUCGCUCCCUUCAUCAACCUACAGAUAUAACAAUACAUGAACACCUGGGUCCAUGUGUAUCAUACGUCUCAGAACAAGAGUGCCGAUUUGCAGUCAGCUGUCUCUUGGUGAACAUCACGCUCAUUAGUCAGGUGUGUUUUUCUGAGAGGUGUGGUACAUAUGACCCCAAGACCAGCCUAGCUGAAAUCAGGACUUCCUUCAUCCUUGAUCUAUCUGGAGUGAAUCCCUGUGCUGGCACAGUGCAAUGAUAUGGACCAUGUACUCGUAUGAAAUAACCAUUUCAGCUAUGUGAUUGAGUAGUUGUGUUCUACCAGGGGUUCCACCAGCCCCGUUUCAAGUCACAAUAAUUAUCUGUGAACUGAGUCAGGUGCAUUACAAUACAAAGACAAGGAAACUCUUCCAGCUGCUGUUGCCAUGCAGGAUUGACUAGGGACAGUUAAGUUUACCUCUCAAAAAAAGUGUCAUACUUAUCAGAUCUGUCAUACUUGAUAUUUUCCUGUGUAAAUGCAAUGUCUUUUAGCUAUUCAGACCUGCUGUGUUAUACUUCUGGUUUUACUCUGAGCACUUAUUUUGAUUACGAAUACAUGAAUUGGGCUUGAACAUUCUUUCAUUUUUCAAGUAAUUGUGGAAAAUGUACUGUUUGUUUUAUUUAUUCUUUUUUUAUGUGGUAAACAAAAGCUUUGUAUAAUUUUGCACUUAAUAACAGACUGAAGGAAACAAGUUGCACCUUUCAAAGUAUCUGCUCAGAGAUCUGUUGAUUUGCGUUAGAACUUACCGAGCAAAUCGGAGCGUGAGAAGAAUUUUGUGUCCCAGUGUUCGUGGAUACACACAAACCUUUUAUAGUUUAUCUAAAAGUAAACAAUUAGGACUUGCAGGCAGCAUGGCGGAUCACUUUUAUAGUUUAUCUUUUACAGUUUAUCUUCAAACACCCAAAGCGGUUGUUAUUUCUACAGGCAUAACUUGAAACUCCCACCAAACCUCAGCAUUACCAUAUUAGCUUUAAACCAGACUGAAUGUGUUUAUUGUCACAUUUAAUUCAUUCUAGAGAUCAUGACAUUUCAUUAUAAUACCUUAGAUUUAUGGUGUAAAAUGUAAUUGUAAUAAAGCAUUUGCACUACUGUAGGUUUGGAUUAGUUUUAUUAAGGAGUGGAUUAUACAACUUGAUUACACAACACGUCAUUAAAAGUGAAGAUGUUAAGGCAUUUUAUUUAGAUAGAAUUAGAGUUUUAUGAUUUUUUUUCUGUCAAAACUACAGUUAUUGUAAUGUAUUAUAAUAUAUACAACAGCAAUUAUGUUAUUUUAUAUGUCACAGCAAAUCAGAUUGAACUCAGUCUACAGGAUCAUACAUGGUGUACAAGCUUUGCAUUUCGUAUUGCUGUGAUGUUUUGCUCUGUUUAAUGUUUAUUUGUUUAUGAUUAUUUGUGAAUGUUCUAAAUGAUUGCUUAUAUACAAUAAUAUGCAAUAUUGAGGUUUUGGAAACCCUUAUUUAAUUUUGAGCUAGAUCACUUUUGCUCAAUUAGUCAAUGUCCUAUAGCAUUUUAUGAAUUUCAUAUGUGAACACCCCCCCACACACACACACCACACACACCAAUUCCCUGUUUCUCAAAAGAAUGCAAUAAAAUUGCAGAUAAAUAUCA